CUGAUCUCUUUAUACGCCCCCAUGAUGUUAACCGGUGAAUGGAAAGAACAAAUUAAACAAUUACUUGGCGAUCGAGACCGACUGCAGAAGACACAGUUUGAAUAUGUAAUAACUGAUUAUUCUAAGCUCAGGGAUCGUGUUGGGCAGCUCACGAAAGAAUAUAAUAGGGUUUCACUUGAGCUCAAGUCUUCCAGACAGGAAAAUUUGGAUUUGUCAUUAAAGCUAGAAAAAAGCAAUGCUUUCAUGUCGCAUGACUUUGAGCAAAAGGUAUUCCGUCUGCAAGAGGAAGUAACUGAGCUCCAUCGUCAGAAAGGUGAUUUGGCGAGCAAUGUAAUUGAUUUGAGCAAAUCUGUUCAGGAAAAGGAUAAGCUGCUAUCAUCCGUGCAUUCGAAAUUGUCAGAAUUAGAAAAUGAAGCCAGGAACCUACAACAGGCAAAUAUGGGCUAUCUAAACGAAAUACAUAACUUGGAGCGUGCUAACAAGCUGUUACGAGAUGAGAAAAAUGCCAUGUCGGAAACCCUACAGGCUGUUCAAGUCAAAUGCGCCGAACUGGAAGAAGACAAGUGUAGACUAAUUGAGCGUAUUAAUAAACUUCAAAGUGUGGUUGAGCGUCUGAAGAAUUUGGAGCACGAUGUAAACUACAGGAAGGCCCAAGAGACUAUCCGGAAGCAACUGGCUGAAGCUGCUAGUUUAUCGGUCGACGAGCCGCAUAAUAUGGGGCCCCUGGUAGCUGCGGUCGUUCCGACUAAAGCAGUUGCAGAAGUUCUUGCAAACGAGGGAGAAGUUAACAGUGUUCGUUUUACUCCUUCUGGAAAUCUCUUCGGUUCGGCCGGUUUUGACAGAAAGCUCCGUUUAUGGUCUGUUGUAGGAGGUAAGUGUGAACUGCGCUCGACACUAGUUGGAUGCAAUGCCUCAAUAUCUGCUAUCGAUUUUGACCCAAAGGAGACGGUCGUCCUCGGGGCCUCCAGUGAUUUCUCUUGUCGUGUUUGGACACUUGCCGAUUCCAGACUACGUGUCAACCUCACUGGACAUGCCAAGAGCGUUGUUUCUGCCAAAUUUAUUGGCAGCGCAAAGCGGGUUGUCACAAUAUCUGCGGACAGGACGAUAAAACUGUGGGAUGUCGAUAGGUGCCACUGUCAACGGACAAUUAUGUCCGCUUCGGCCUCACAGGAUGUGGUCGCAUGCACAGCGUUCGGUGCCGUAAUCACCGGGCAUUAUGAUCACAACUUGCGGAUCUGGGAUGAACGCAGUGGGACAAACACAGAUACCAUAGCUUUAUCUUCCCGCGUCACGGGGUUAGAUAUUUCCUCAGGGGACAAAACGACAGAGAAGCGACGGAAGGAGUCGAUCAUCGAUUUGAACAAGUAUCUGGAUAAGAAAAUACGCGUGAAAUUCUCCGGUGGUCGAGAAGCAACUGGAAUACUGAAGGGAUGUGAUAACCUACAAAAUAUGGUGCUUGACUGCACCACAGAAUUCCUUCGUGACCCAGAUGACCCACAUAGACUCAGCGAUGACACUAGAGAACUUGGUCUUGUCGUCUGCA